ACAGAUGGUACAACAAUGGUGAUUGAUUCUUACAUCCACAAUCUCCAUAUUCAUAUGAUUCUCUUUUACUGGAAGAUGAAAUUAGAUGCAUAUUGGGUAUUCAGAUCUGUGCUUCUUUUUUUAUUUUUAUUUUUUCUGUUUCUGGGUUUGAUUUUUUUUUAUGUGGGAGGGGAGCAGGGGAAUGGGGUUUUAUUGUUUUCCUUUUUUUUUUUUUUUUCUUAAUCUUGGGUUGCUGGGGAGGGUUAAGACACUGGAGGCAGCGGUUCAUCGAUCUCUUCCUGGGAAUCUUGUUUGAAUUAGCACAAGCACAUGAAUCGGUCGAUAAACCUCUGCAUCCAGCGCCUUACCCUCCCCCACUCUCUUUCUCUCUUUUGUUUUUUAUGGGUGUUACGUGAUUUUAGUUGUUAAUGUUGUCUGUUUCUGCUGUUUGGUUGCUUAGAAACUGUUUCAAGAUUAAAAGUUUCAAUUUUUAUUUACUUUUACUCUCUUCCCAUCUUUGGUUUGUCAGGACCCAACAAUGAUUAAUUUUUUCUAGAUAUAUUCUAUUUCAAUAAUUUCUUGUUUUCAUUUUGGUUCCAUUCAGUGAUUAACGUGCUAAUAGUAGUUGGUUGCAGGGAAGCAAAAGUGACAUUCUUGUCGUUUUCCAGCUAUGGAUCCAACCUGGUCUACUGAUUUCGUUUUCUUUUAAAUUAAUUCCUACUUUUUUGAAGGAUUUUUUUUUUUUUUGUCUCCUUUUAUAUGUCUCCUUUAUUAAUGAUAUGAACAUUUGAUCUGAUAUGAGUGGAUGAAUUGUGAAUAAUUGGGUUCUAUGACGGUUAAGAGCAUGUUCUUAUAGCAUUUAAUUAAUGCAUUAUGGAUGAGGAUGAUGCAUAUCAAGGGUAAAUAAAUUCUUUUCCUUUCAUUGUAAAAAUAGCAAGUUAUUUAUGAUGAUGAUAGAUGCAGCCAUUGACCAUGAUCAAUUCUAAUUCUUUCUGUCCCAACAUUUUUGGGUUGUUUUUCAUAUGGAGUCUUGAUUAUCUUCUUCAUCUAAUGCACUGUGCGCUGAAUGGUCAUUCUAUGAGACCUUAGUCUUUGAAACCCUUGACUUUUUGUAAUUCGUCUGUGCAAUAUCUUUGAUAAUGCAGAAGUAAGCUUACCGUUCUAAGAAUUCAUAUCUCACGCAGUUUUAUGCUUCAUCUUGCCUCCGGGGUAUCUUUUCUAUUGAAAUAGAGAUCAUUGUAGCAU